AUGUCUGAGCCUCACACGGAUAGAUCUGACACAGAUAGAUCUGACACAGAUCUGACACAGAUAGAUCUGACACAGACAGAUCUGACACAGAUAGAUCUGACACAGACAGUUCUCACACAGAUAGAUCUCACACAGAUAGAUCUCACACAAAUAGAUCUGACAGAGAUAGAUCUGACACAGAUAGAUCUGACACAGACAGAUCUGACACAGACAGAUCUGACACAGAUAGAUCUCACACAGAUAUAUCUCACACAGAUAGAUCUCACACAGGUAGAUCUGACACAGAUAGAGCUCACACAGAUAGAUCUGACACAGAUAGAUCUCACACAGAUAGAUCUCACACAGAUAGAUCUCACACAGAUAGAUCUGACACAGACACGUGAAGGAGGAGAAGGUGACGUUGAUGAACGUUGA